CAGCCUUUUUACUCCACAUUUCCCGCCACUCCUCAUCUAGCCCCCAACAAAAUAAACCUACGUGUCUGUUCCAUACAGUCAGUGCCCUAGAGUGUGAAGUGGGUGUUUUACGAUCAAGAAGAAGAGGAAGGGAAGAUGUUGUGGGUAGACAAGUACCGUCCUAAAUCCCUAGACAAGGUGUUAGUCCACCAGGACAUCGCCGAAAAUCUCAAGAAACUGGUGAUGGAGCAAGAUUGUCCCCAUUUACUGUUCUACGGGCCAUCCGGGUCGGGUAAGAAAACCCUAAUCAUGGCACUUCUCAGACAAAUGUUUGGUGCCAGCGCCGAUAAGGUGAAGGUAGAAAACAAGAACUGGAAAAUUGAUGCUGGGACUAGAACCAUUGAUGUGGAGCUUACAACACUGUCAAGCACCCACCAUGUGGAAUUGAAUCCCAGUGAUGCAGGAUUUCAAGACCGAUAUGUAGUUCAAGAGAUUAUUAAGGAAAUGGCAAAGAAUCGACCCAUUGACACCAAAGGGAGAAAGGGUUUCAAAGUCUUAGUUCUCAAUGAGGUUGACAAACUCUCAAGAGAAGCCCAGCACUCUCUUCGAAGAACAAUGGAGAAAUACAGUGCAUCUUGUCGUCUGAUUCUUUGCUGCAACAGCUCUUCAAAGGUGACAGAAGCAGUCCGCUCUCGUUGCCUAAAUAUGCGAAUAAAUUCACCUACUGAAGAAGAGAUUGUUAAGGUGUUGGAAUUUAUUGGCAAGAAAGAAGGACUGCAACUCCCUCCAGGAUUUGCCUCUCGUAUAGCACAGCAAUCAAAUAGAAGUCUGAGAAGGGCAAUAUUGUCAUUCGAGACUUGUCGUGUUCAACAGUACCCUUUUACAAGCAAUCAAGCAAUACCACCAAUGGACUGGGAGGAAUAUGUUUCAGAGAUUGCAUUGAGCAUACUCAAGGAGCAGAGCCCUAAAAGGCUGUUUGAAGUCCGAGGAAAGUUGUAUGAGCUACUUGUCAAUUGUAUUCCUCCAGACAUCAUAUUGAAGAGAUUGCUUUAUGAACUGUUGAAGAAAUUGGAUUCGGAACUGAAGCAUGAGAUCUCUCAUUGGGCUGCAUAUUAUGAACAUAGGUUACGGCUUGGACAGAAAGCUAUAUUUCACCUGGAAGCGUUUGUGGCCAAGUUUAUGAGCAUCUACAAGGGUUUCCUGAUUGAGACAUUUGGCUGAAAUUAGAUGAAGAAAGGAUAUGAUUUUGUCAUCUAUUUGCUAUAGUUUGAUUUGGAUGUGGACAAAUCGUUCUGUGAUAGAUUCUCUGCUUGUGCUACAUUGCGUUGAAAAUCUUGGUUGACUGGAUUCUUAACAUUUUCAUGUAUUUAAUUUAUUUCCAUAAUUCUCUAGUCACUGCUUUUAUUGUU